GGCAGGCAAAGGAAAAUUCUCAUAAGUAAUUCCUCUUGAAAUGGGUUUGCUACGGUAUGCCGUAUUUACAAGUGCGAUAGCUCUCCUUUUCCACUUUGCUAUGGAUACAUUUUACACUAAGUUCCCUCUGCAUUUUGGAGGGGAGGUGGAUAGCCAGUAUGAAGGAGUUCAAAAUGCUUUUGAGCAGAAUUUUAUCGAAGGAUUAGAAGCUGAAGGUGCUUCUGUAGCAGUUUAUGUAAAAGGAAGAAAAGUGGUAGAUUUAUGGGGAGGAUAUGCAGAUAUACAAUCCGCGAAGACAUGGAAGCAGAACACUAUAAGUAUCGUGUUCUCCACUACUAAGGCCGUAGCCGCUCUAUGUAUUGCUAUGCUAGCUGACCGUGGAAGAUUAAAAUAUGAUGACCUCGUAUCAAAGCAUUGGCCAGGAUUUGCGAAAAAUGGCAAAGAAAAUAUUACGAUCGAAUGGGUGUUGUCUCAAAUGGCAGGUCUAUACUACAUCGAAACACCUAUCACAAAAGAAAUGGUUUUGGAUCACAAUCUCAUGAGGGAAGUGCUGGAAAAUGAAGCACCAAAGUUCCCUCCAGGAACUAUGAGCGGGUAUCAUGCACUUAGCUACGGGUGGCUUAUCGACCAAAUCAUUAGACACACAGACGAGAAACAGCGAGGAGUUGGGCAGUUUUUCAGAGAGGAAAUUGCUGAACCCCAUGGUAUUGACUUCCAUAUUGGCCUCAAUACUUCUGAAGAAUAUCGUGUGGCCCACACAUCUCCAAUAAAGACUUCUGCCAUACUCAAGGAGAUUUUCCACGACUACCAUGUUGCAGUUCUCCUUUUAAGUUAUUUUCUGACAGACAAGGAUACUCCCAUGAAGAAAACGAACAAUCCAUCUUGGUUAUUGGCAAACGAGAGUGCAAUGAACAAUCCGGAACACCACGCAAUGGAACAAGCUGCCGGGCUCGGUAUUGGAAACGCUCGAUCACUGGCGAAAAUGUUUAGUUUGGUCGUCAGCGGAAAAUUGAUCAGUGAGAAGACGAUGACUUUGCUCAGUAAACCUACAAUAAACGGGACGGAUUAUGUGAUUCAGCUACCACUGGCAUAUGGGCACGGAUUUAUCUACCAUCCACCGAUCAUCAGUGAGGGUAGUUUCAUCAUUGGACAUGGAGGUUAUGGUUGCCAAGAAGUGAACUUCGAUACCACGAACGAGGUCGUCAUUGCUUACGUUACCAACGCAAUGAAAGCGGGAAUGCAUGAUAGUUGUCGAACUUAUGCACGUCUACAAAAUGCAGUCUACGAUGUCGUGCGACAAUCGAAAACCUAGAGCACUGUCUCAGACGUUAUUAUGCUUCGAUUUUUUCUUUACACAUACGACUGUCCGUCAUUUCUGAAUCGAAUGGAAAACAAGCGCGGAAGCAAAUUGCUUCGAG